AUGCCGGCCGCUUCUUCUGGCCCGAAGCCAGAGACACCGCGGGAGAAGGCGCUCCGGCGACAAAUCGUGGCGGCGUUUGUGCUUGUAGUGUUCCUUUUCGGACUUCCACUCUGGUACAUCACCACACUGGUUCACAGGGCCGAGUUACCAGCUUCUCAAGUGCAUAGCUUGCAGAAACGGUUGGAGCGGGAACUCCGGUUCGAAGUGCCGGUGUACAUCGACCUCAGCAACGCCCAGCAGACUACUGUCAGCGAGGCGCAAAGCAUGAUCAACCAGGAAAUCCAGGCGAUUUAUCCCGCUGGCUUGCCGUGGAACGUGGUUUUAAAACGCGGGAGAGGCGGUGCGACCGAUUAUAGCAUCACGUUGAAGCGAGUACAAAAGGGCGAGUCCAUCUACAUUUCGCCCUACAGCCGCCACGUGGAUGUGUACUUGUCUGACGAUGUAAUCGCGGAAAAGAAGGUGACGGAGCUCAUUCUGAAGGUGGUGGUUCAUGAUUUAUUCCGCUCUGAAUUGGAAAAGUUUGGCCAUAUUGGGGAGAGGGCCGACAUGAAUGUAGUUCCGUACGCGCCGUCGUACCACUUGACUUUUUCCUUGUUGUACGAGGGCGGUCAGCCAGUUGCAUGGGACAUUCAAGAGACGUGGAACAGGUACAUGAAGAACUUUUUGCAAGAGUUGCAGCCGUUUGCCAAUUUUACCGUCGACUCUCAAAUCCAGUACUACUCCAAGCUUGUCAGCUACCCUGCGUACAACCCCUCCUGCGAUUGCUACCUCUUGACUGAAGCAGAUCUUUCCACCUUUGUCAACUACGGUGACUGGAAUUUGGACGCUGCCACCGCAAAACAGACGCUCAACUUUAUCGUCUACAUCCCUGCCAAAGACAAGCCAUUCCGUAUUCAAGACUCCACCACCAAUACCUUUAUUGUUCCCCGCUGGGGUGCCGUCAAAGUACUUAACAAAAAUAUCAGUGCCAGCUCCACGUUGCCCACCGAGGAAUUGAUCCCCAUUAUGGAAACUUUUGCGUCGUCUUUGCUCCAGCUACUCGGCGCCCCAAAGACUCCGUUAGCCCCGAAGAUCCGCAUCGACAUCUUGACCCGCACUGCCAUUCACCAAAACUUGCAUCAGUCGGUCGCUAACAUGUUCUCACUCUUAAAGCUCGUGGAGAAGCUCGACAGCAUCUCCAUCCCGAAGGUCACGUUGGUUCACAUGCAGAACGCUAUCAGUGCUGUUGAGCACAGUUUGCGUGCCGUCAAGGGUGGCGACUGGGUCCAGGCCAGCCGCUGGGCUGCGGAAGCCCUUGUGGCGUCCAAUACAGCCUUCUUUGAAGAGAAUAUGGUUCAGCAGAUGUACUUUCCAGAUGAACAUAAGUUUGCCGUGUACAUGCCGUUGUGUGGGCCCGUGCUCAUGGUGACCCUUUUGGGGGUAUUUCGUGUUGUUCGCGAGCUCAAAGCGUGA